AGUAACUGGAUAAAAUCCGAGAAGUCCCGAACACGUUAAAAAGAGCGUCUUUGACAACAACUUUAACGUGCCCAUGAAAUGACCUAGGGAAAUAUGUUAUAAUACGUGAACUAGGAAGAAGACUAAGCAAAAAUAUAUCAUGCCUUAGAGACAAAAAUAAAGAGAAAUCAAAGCCAAGAAUCUGAGUGCUGUGAGAAAUGUCAGCCUCAGACACCAUGAAGAGUAUGGGGCUGACAUCGCCGGGGGCGGAGAGAGAGAAGCUUAACAAACUGCUGAAGAUCUUCGAUGACAAAGGGAUCAACCUGGAGGAUUCAAAACCUCCUCGAGACCUGAACUAUAGGCGCGUGCGUUUUAACGGCCCUUCAGCUGAUGGUGACGGUGAUCCAAAACUGACCCAGAGGGUGAAAACCUUUUACGUGGAAUCCUGGCCAGAACUAAGACUCAACAAAGAUGGGACUGUAAUGCGGCCUAGGUCAGGAAGGAACUUAGGGGGAACCCCCAUCACUGAGAAUACGGCAACGCUGGUGCGAGAGAUUGUCCAUGGUUCCACAGUCCACUCUUUCUGCCGGGAAUGGAGGAAGUCCUCAUUCAUUUUCCAGGACUCCACCAGUCCCUACCCCUGGGGAUUGCAAACACAGAGGUGCGGAUCACGUGGUCUAAUUUUGGCAGUCCAGGCUUUUGUUAUCAAACAACUGAUAUUUGAUAGAGAAUAUGUAUCCAACAUUCUUGCUCAAAAUGCUCUUAAGCCCACCGAGUUUGAGCGGAAGCGAGCUUUGAUAAGCGCCGUCUGUGAGAUUCUGUGGAAGGCAGGGGACGGUAAGCGAUGCUGCGUCUGUCUCUUGCAGGACAAGAGGAGUUAUCCCCAGGACCACAGACUGAGGGACGAUGACGUCACAGAAUUUGUUGUCUUGUUUGAGUUUAAAAAAUUUACAGACCUCACCACGUUUAUGAGAAGAAACAUUGAAGAGUUCACAUCAGACAAAAGCCCUGGAUGUAUAUUGUUCUUGUAUAGCUUAGUCCUAUCUGCUUCCGUCUUUAAGUUGAAGGAAGAAAUGUUGAUUACCAAUGAAACAACUUACAAGCUUUUGAGUGAUAGAGAAGAAUGCAAUCAGGCGCUUUACAGCUUGAUCAUCACUGGACAUGCGUGUCACUACAUGCACAACGGAAACCUUGUCUACAGCUCAAAUGGAAACCUUUUGGAUGAUGUUGAACCUGAAGAACUUGCUACUCCAUUAAAAGGCAUCCAGGAGAGAAGUCAAAUCGGCUUUCUGUACUGGGAUAAGGGAGAAAAUGACGACAGUCGUACAGAAGUUGGCAGUAUGUUAAAAACCCCAAAGAAACCAAUAUGGCUGACGUUGAUAAACAACCAGCCUGGUUUGUUUUUCAGUACAAACAUUGAUCUUGUCAGUGAUUGGAGGGUUGAAACGAGGUUUAUUUUGAAUUACUAUACAGGACUCCCGGGAAUGCCGGCAUGUCCUCUUCAUAUAGAAACACGGUUUGGAAGGAACGCACUAGGACGCACAAAACUUCACAGAAGACAACAGGAGGAGAACAUCCCACAACUAGAGAGAUGUAUCAUGACAAAAUGGUAUGGUGCAGCAGUGGAUUGGCCCGAUAUACUUCCGUUCUACUGAAUACACAGAGAUGCAUUCUAUCAUUUAAUAUCAUCUAUGCAAACGCUGCUACACAAGAAGUGGCAAACAGACAUAUUGCCUGGGAUAAAAAAAAACCCGCCUACUUUCAACUUUUGGACGUAUAAACUUUUGAUAAGCCAGUGUUAGAUAAAUUAAUCAUGUAUAUCAUUCUCAUACCUUUACCUGUUUUAUUCCUGUUUUAAUUAAUUUAAAUUGGGAUUUCAAUGGAUGGGCCUAUUUCUUCAUUUUUUUUCGUUUGGGGGUGGGGUCAGGAAACUCUUUAAAAUUAAAAAAGAAGUUCAUAAAAAUUUAUUCCUUUCUUCAAAUUGAGUAGAAUGAUUGCACCAUUGCAUACAAACUUUGCACUGCAUUUAGUAUUUUGACUUUUGAAAGCGUGGUCGACUUUAGAAAUUUACUCAAAGACAUUUACAAUAGUUUGUUCAUAAUUCAAGUGAAGCAUGACUUAUGAAAUUAUUUAAUUUUUGCAUUUAUUACAAAAAUGGAGGAUGAAAAGAGUCCCAUGCCUUGUUUGGCAUUAUUUAGCAAUAUAUUAUUUGAAAUUGUGCUUCUCAUAAAGUUUGCUGUGAUUGUGAAAUGUGUAGCAUUAGCGAAAUAAUCAAAACAUGUACAGUAUUUAAAUCAACUUUCAUGAAAUACCUCAUUUUGACAACUGUUAAAAAUUAAAAAAAGAAGUCAUUUUGUCCAUGUAUCAUAGAUCAAGUGCUUUGAAAUUUACGAAAGUGUCACUUAAGGUCAGACGACACGUUCCUCGAGAAUCUUUUUUGUAUCUCCUCGUAAUGAAGAGUUCCAACAAAAAAUAUUAAUUUUAUAAUUACUUUAAAAAUGAUCAAAAUUUACUUGGAUUUGGUUAUAUGUCUAGAUGGUUGAGUGGUUAGAACCGUAGCCGCUUACUGCCAGCAGCGUAUAGGUUCUAAAGAUCGUGAGUUCAAAGCGCCGCCUCGGCGGAGAUAUAGUUAUAAUAUUGUGAGUUUCGCUGUGCUGUUGAUGUAUUUAUUUUUAUAUCAGCAAUUCAAGUGUAUUUUCAAGAAGAUUAUAUAGGAAAUUGCAUACUCUAGUAUUUUGCAGAAAUGCCUGGUGAGGUACCCUAAUUUUUUGCAAGAAAGCUUGUCAAAGUAGUAGUAAACCAUUAACAAAUUCCUGGAAAAAGUUAUCUAAAAUUGAGGAACGUGUCGUCUGACCUUAAGAACUCCUAUGCAUCCUAUAGGUAUGUUGGAUGCACUUUAAGAUGGAACGUAGCGUAAUAUACGUCAUAAUAACCAUAAUCCAGGGGAUCAGUGACAAAUAACAAAUUUUUAUUUUAUCAAAGAUUGAUAUACUUUCAAUCAUAGUGAACUACUUUUAUCUCUGCAUUUAUCAUUACCAUCAGGUAAUAGAGAAAAAUAUCGGGGUGUUGUUCUUAGUUUGCAAAAUUG